AUGACCUUAGCUAUCGUCACCUCGGCCUGGAAACUGCAACCCUACUUUCAGUCGCACACGAUUGAAGUACUGUCCAACCAACCACUCCGAACGGUUAUGCAGAAUACUAACCAGUCAGGACGGUUGACUAAAUGGGCGAUGGAGCUGAGCGAACAUGACAUCGUGUAUAAGAAUCGCACAGCAGCAAAGUCACAGGUCCUUGCCGACUUCUUGAUCGAGUUAACACCAGAGCUGGAGCAAGACCUCAUCCUACCAAGUUUAUUGCCCACCGAGAAAUGGGACGCGUGGCGACUGAAGCGACGUAGUGCACACUACGUUGCCAUGGACGGGGAACUACACCGAUGGACCGCAACGAAGGUGCUACUCAAAUGUAUCUCCGGCGAAGAAACGGGACUAGUCAUGGCCGAAACACAUGAAGGAGCAGCAGGCAAUCACUCGGGCGGACGAGCUCUCGCAUUAAAAGUAAAGAAUCUCGGAUUCUACUGGCCAACCAUGAACGCCGACUGCGAGACAUACGUGCGCAAGUGCGACAAAUGCCAGCAUCAUGCUUCCACCUUACACAGCCCAACAGAGUUCCUUCAUACCCUAACUGCUCCAUACCCAUUCAUGCGAUGGGGAAUGGACAUCAUCGGUCCGAUGCCGGCAUCUCGCCAAAAGAAGUUCAUCCUGGUCCUCACAGAUUACUUCACCAAAUGGGUUGAAGCCGAAGCCUACGCCAGCAUCACCGACAAGGAGAAUUACCAGCAUCAAAUCGAGAGCUACUACAACAAAAAGGUCAAAUCGCGUCCCCUCGAAAUGGGCAAUCUUGUCUUAAGAAAGGUCUUCGAAAAUACUAAGGAGUGGAAAGCAGGCAAGCUUGGAGCCAACUGGGAAGGACCAUAA